AGCCAGCCCUCUAAUGAUAACAAAGCUUAAAAGAAGGCAUCAAUGGCAGUGAUAACAAGCUACUAUUUUGGUUGACACCAAGUCCCCCUGUUUACUCUGGGAGCAUGGGAGCGGACAUCAGGACUGUGGUCCUUGCAUUGGGGAUCUCCAUUUUCAAACCUUGCCAUCGCAAAGUCUGUUUUCAAGCCGGGAAGAAGGUAAACUUCGUGAAAGAUCAGUGGCUUAGAAGGAAUCUAAUUUCAACAUGCAGAGCUCCAGAUCAUUCCUGUUCCAGGUUUGUUUAAGUCUAGUGGUUUCUAUAGGCUCCUGCACCUGUAAACCUCUCACUAAUGACAUCCAGAGCGAGGACCUUGAAGGACUCUACUCUCAGCUGUCAGAGGAGGACCUUCUGGAGGAGGAAGACACCGACUCCAGGAUGGAAAACCUCCUGGGAACCAUGAAGGAGGGCUUUCUUAAGAAACUCAACCUGUCUGAUGUUCCUCAGGAGCACAGUAAGAUCUACCCUCCUCAGUUUAUGAUGGAGCUUUACGACAAGUACGCCUCGGACAGCUUGACAAUCCCUCAGUCUGAUGUCAUACGAAGCUUCACUGUCCAAGAUAUCACUUUCUCUGUGACAAAUGGCACAAAGACGAAGUACAGGCUGCAGUUCAACGUCAGCAUCCCCAGCCAUGAAAAGAUUACUACUGCUGAACUACAGCUCUUCUUCCUCCCACGUCCCAGGUCAGGGGUCACCUUCCACAAUUUCAGGGCCACCGUCAAAGUCUAUGAAGUGGAUUACGACGAUUUCACACCCACGACCCAGCUACUGGUUGGCAAAGAGGUGACAGGCUCACAGAGCACAUGGGAGAGGUUUGAUGUGACCACAGCUAUUCAAAGCUGGAUCAGGUCGGGUCAUGGAGCAACUGUUUUUGAUGUAGUAGUGGAUAGGAAGGACUGCGGGGCUUCUAAGGGUGGAGAAGAAGGAGAAGGCUGUUUAAGUCUCAGCGUGUCUGUUGGGGAUAAUAUUUCAGCGGCUUUAAUAGUCUUCUCAGAUGACCUGGGUAGCAGGAGGAGGGAGACCAAAAAGGAAUUAAGAGAGAUGAUCCUCCACGAAGAAGAAACCAUCUUACACUCGGGUGCCGAUUGGAACAGAGGAGAUCAACUUCCAAACGAGAUCCCAGAGGCUCAGCAUCCACGGAGGCAGAAGAGGAAGGCCGAGAGGGAAUACUGCCGACGAACCUCUCUCAAGGUCAACUUUAAAGACAUUGGCUGGGACAGCUGGAUUGUGGCGCCUCCAGAAUAUGACGCCUUUGAAUGUCGAGGCCUGUGUUACCACCCACUGACAGAUGAGUCCACCCCGUCAAAACACGCCCUCAUCCAGACACUGAUCAACAUCAGGGACCCCAAGAAGGCCAACAUGGCGUGCUGCGUCCCCAUCAAACUGGACCCCAUCACUGUUAUGUAUCAAGAGAACGGACGCCUUACUAUAAGAUACCUUUAUGAAGAGAUGAAGGUGGCGGAGUGUGGCUGCAGGUAGUCAGAGAGAUUUGGUUUGCUCUGAUGGUAGCACAGGUGAUUCUUAUGGUUCUAAUGCUGCAUUUUAUUCGAGUCAGUCCGAUGUUCAUGCACUCCAUUGAUCCAGGAGAGGUAAAAUAGCCCAGUCUAAGAAGAAAGAGGGAUGCCCCUACUACCUAUUUGAAGAAAAUUUAAAAAUCCUAAAUAUUCCAUGCAACAGCUUAUGUUACAUCAGUGAUAUUUUACCUAAAUGGUGAUGUUUUGCAGUUCAGCACUCAACACAAAAUACAGAUUACUUUUGCAGGUCUUACCGAAAGUAUUGGACCAAAAGAAAGAUCUGAAGAAUUCAUCCUCUGGGGGCCAUUAUAUUCACGCAAAACUUCAGGGCAACUCAUCCUGCUAGUUGUUCAGUUCAGUGUGGACCAAAGCGGUGGACUGACCUGUCAACAGACCGACAUUGCCACCCCUACAGCCCUGCCGCAAGCAUGGCUAAAAAUAUAAUAAAGGUUAAUUAAAUAUAUUGUGUGUAUAGUUUUUAGACUGUAGCCUUGAAAUAGCCCAAUGCCAUGUUGAAUUUACAGUUUAUUCUAUUCCUUGAAAUGUAUUGCAAACAAAAGUUUGAAAACUCAAAAAUAGCGAUAUGUCUGGGAUGCAGCAUAAUAAUAAUUAUCAAAUUAUGCUUUGUAGCAUUUCACAUGUCGAAACUACCAAGCAGAAAACCAAAGGAAACAAACAACUUUACAUUGUGUAUUUAAUACUGGUUAUAUGUACAUAAAAAGCCCUUACGCUGCCUUGGUCUAAUGUGUUUAAACAGAACUAAUAAAAUUGUAUUUUGUAUGUAGUAAAUAAUGUAAAACAGAACAUAAGUAUGUAAAAAGUAAAGUAAAAUUAAAAAGUAAAAUGCAAAUGUAAAAAGUCCAUCUUUAAUUACUACUACGUCUACAAAAUAAAAAAAAAUUGUGAAAGAUUAAAAAAAUAUUGCUAAAGCGGAUCCAUUUGUAAUGUACGGAAGCCCUGAGAACGAAGUGAGAAAAUAAAUUCUGAAGAUCCAUUUCAAGUCCUCCAGUGGAGUUUUAAUUUCACUAUGCACUCUAAACACAGCAUGGGUAAAUUAUACAUAUAUUAUUAUAUGUAUACACAUGAGUUAGCACCUGUUUCAACGGAUGAAAAGAAAAAGUAUUAAUCCUCUGGGCUUCCAUAAUGUGUUUGUAAAACCAAUAAAUUGACCUGUUGGCAUUAAUAGGGUGGCAUUUAAUCACAGCUGUUCAUCUAUUAAUCCUGUACUAAUUUUAAUGUAAAUCUGUACAUUACCAUUGUAACUGUAUGUUUGUUUAUAUUAAUAUAUUAGUAGUAGUCUGUAAUCUACUGCCAUACAGACUUGUACUUGUACAGAAUGGUCAGUUUAUACAUGCAUGCUACAUUGCUGAUGUUGCAUCCACUACAAGAGAAACUGUUUCUGAAGUGUUGCCAUGCACGGCCGCUGUAAUGAACUCCAGCAAAUUGUCCAGCUUCCGGUGGAGAGUUUUUUCCUACUGUAUGUCUUUAGAUGGCAGCAUUUUGUUUCCGAGGCCUUUCCUAUCCUGAAAUGAAUAAAAAUCUUGUCACAAAAUAAAAUUGUAGUUACUAA